GCAAGAAAUGUUUGAUUCGUCACAAUCGUGAUUAUCAGAAUUAUUUUGACCACAUAUAACGCAGCGCGAUUGUGCGCUGCGACACUGGCUAGACACAUGACGAAAUCUCAGGCACUUGUAGCACUGAAUUACCCUUUGAACAAAGGGCUCGACAGAAAAUAUGACACUGUUAAUAUUCACUUCCCUGGGAAGAACAUUGCCCUCUAAGAUUCACAAUAACGUGUUAUCCCAACAGCAACAAUUGCAUCAGCAGCAACUACAGAUGAAAACCGCUUCUAUGCCUGCUUCCUUGUUGCAACAACAUCCACAACAACAACAGCAGUCGAAGAUGGCCAUAAACAUGCUCCAUCAACAGCAGGGACAAAGUGCUGCGAUUGGUCCAAACGCGGAUCCUGUGCCCGCGGUACAGGCCAAUCCGGCCAGUUUGAACAAUGUGAUGCUGCGCAGUCUGCCGUCGCCGCCUCCGUAUUCGGUGGCGAUAUCUAGGCCGUGGGAUAGCCUGGCGCAUAGUAAUCCGUUGAUGGAUCUUACACCGACGCUUACCGAUCUUAAGGCGGACGAUUUAGAUGAGUUGCUGCCGACGUUGGAGCGCGAGUUGACUGCCAGCCCUCUGCUAGACCUGCCGGAGGAUUUUCUGAACGAUCAUUCGCACAUAAUAUCAUCCACGGAGGAGAUAACUCCUCCCGAAGACAACAGGAAAUUUCUCAUCAACCCGCUGACCGGCGAGCUGGAGCCGCAGAGCAGCGGGGAGAGCGAUACCGAAGAUACCAAGGAUGUGUUCACAGGCUUACCGUCGCCCGCAGCUCUGACUGAAGAUGACGACACUUCAUCGACAAUGCGUCCGGACACGACGACCGAUCAAAGUGACAGUGAGACGCGGCUGAGUGGGGACGGAGGGAUGAAGUCUUACCAAACGUCGCAGACACAGCGAUUAAAAAACGCCAAGGCGCGCGAGAGAAACUCUACAGUCGCCGCCGCCAGAGGCGAGCAUUCCUCCACGGGGGCGGGCAAGCCGGAGAAGAUCAAGUUGACCUUAAGGCUUGAAAAGUCGGAACCGGUAAAUCCAGCGUACAAGGUGGACGUCAGUUUUAUCAACUCGCAGCAACCGAAGAAGGCUGCAACCAACACUGUUAUGAACAAUACAGGCCAAGUAGCCACCGGUGAAGAACUGCGCGUCCCUCCUUUGCAUAUUUCGUUGCGCGGCAGGAACUCCGUAGUGAUCAAAAACAAGAGCAGCAAGUUGAACGCUGACGGCAGUGUAGCCACUCCUAGUGUAGCUGUCUCCAAGCCGAAAGCGCGCAGGAGCCUGGACCAGCAGAAGGCCAAGAAGGGUCUGGCGGAAGCAGCAGGGGAGCAGUCCCCAGCUACGGAAGAGACGGCAGGUGGUGCAAUGACACCGGGUGAAGAUGAGGAAAGCGCCGCGAUGGCGACGACGGUACCAACGGAGGCGGCUACAGCGACGGCAAAGGUGACUGAGAUGAUGCUGCUCAAGCACAAGAUCAACAACUUGGAUCAGAAGAAGAAGAAGCUGAAGAUGACGCAUGACCAUAAGGAUCUCUUGAGCACGUUGCCAGCGGAGAAUGAUCUGAAAUCGAAGUUCAUGUUACACAACCACUACAAAGAAAAACAAAAGGAGCGUCGGGGUAGCGACAGUGAGCUGGUACGACACAAUAACAAAAAGUACGCUGGAGCUGAGCAUCUUUUUAUGGAUGAGAAGAAACGUAGACUGAGCCAGGUGGAUCAAGUUGACGACGAUGAUCAACCUCCGGUGCUGGGUUCCACGAAUGUGGGCACCAUUGCUGGGCUGCCGCAGAAGAUACGGAAGGAAAAGGAUAAGGUAAAAGUAAAGGAUACCUUCAAGAAAGAAAUGCAACGUAGUAAAGCGUUGACGAAGAGCUUGAGCGAGAAACUUCCUCCCGGUAGCAAAUCGGUGGUGGUCGCGUUACCAGUGGCCGGUGAAAUUGAUAUGGAGGCCAAGUUCAAGCAGGGGCUGUUGGAGGGCAACAGUGCGAUGGAUAAGGGGGUUCCAAGGUCGCCACAUCGGACAGCUUCAGCCGCGCAGGGCGAGGUCAUUACCGUCAAUUACGUCACCUCGGAAAAUAGGAUAGAGGUGCACGAGAAGGCGAUGAAAAUGCUACCCCGGGAAGACCAUCAUUCUGCAGUCUUGCCCUCGAACACAUUACCCUUGGAGAAGAAAUCCUCACCUGAGCCGCACAAGUGCAUCACGCCUGUAGACAGCGGCGGAGGCGGUCGUGACACGGCUGAAAAGACAGGAGUGGCUAGCGAGAAAGAAGCAGGAGGUGGAGGCGCCAUGGUUAUGACUACAGAAUCGCCUGGGGGCGGUAAUAGCAGAGAGAAAGUAGUACUGGCUGCGGCGCAAGUAGUGGCGGGAACAGCAACCGUUGCUGGUAGGACGUCGCCUAGUGGCGGGAACAGCACUAGUAGCGGCCAAGGUGAAGAUAGUGGAAUUGAAAGUAUGGACGCUCUUAGCGAAAAGUCGCCCAAUCAGGCGAAAUGA